AUGACAGGAGAGGUGGAGCUGUUGUGUAUUCCUUGUGAUGAUGCAGUCCGUCAAGGGUGCUUGCCCUUUUCGUCCCGAGGCUCCAAAACAGAGAGCGCCAUCAUGUUGCCUGUUGGGAAGUCUGAAGAACCUGCAGAAAAAGGAACGAAAGCGGAAAGUCUUUCUGUGGUCCUUAUCGGCGCCACGAUAUCGUCCUUGUUUUUUCUUCUUUCUCUGUUGCUUUGGGUUGUCCUCCUGACUGUGAAAAGAUUCAAGCGGGUUCCUGAGCACGGCCUGAAGCCUGAGGGGUUGCUGUCUGCCGCAAACCUUCAGUACGAAAGUCCCUCUGGUCACACGGAGAGAGCAACGCCACAAUCAGAGAGUGCUUCGGAGAGCAGUUCCCCUGAAGACACAACGAGAGGGCAGAACUCACUGAACCAUGAGAGCGAGUUGCAUCCCACUUCUAUCGUGAUCAAUGUCACCACCAACAUCAAGCCCUGCAGUCAGAAACAAGAUAACAUCGUGCAGGAAGGACAAAAAGGCUUCACCACAGAGGAGAUGGAGCAAAAACUGCAGACAAUAUGGGAGCUUGCUCAAGGUCAGAGUAUCGAGACGCUGAACUACGACACCAUCCAGGAUUUGUCGCUGCUGCUCGACUCGCCCAACCACAUUUAUGUUUUAAGGAAGCUGGGGCUGUCUUUGGGUGUGCCCCCGAAGCUCACCGCUCAUUUCCACAGUUUCCAGGACCUUUUUCAGUACCUCCGCACCUCCACCUACACUCAGCUUCCCCAGCUGGCCCAGGCCGCUGCGCUCCUACCAAACUUUGAGGUUGUUUCGAGGAUACACAGAGCUCUGGUGAACAAGUGACUGCUUCCACCCUGAGGACGUGUUCCCAUGACUUGAACUGUUGUGUGUUGCUCAUAAUCCGCUUUGCUUGAUGACACAGUCACAACAUCACACUGUGUACCUGUAAUUACUCCUAGACCAAAGAG